GGGGCGCGGGAGCCUGGGGCGGCCAUGGCCCCCGGCCACCUGUCGGUGCGGGAGAUGAGGGAGGAGGAGAAGCCUCUGGUGCUGGAGAUGCUGAAGGCCGGCGUGAAAGACACGGAGAACCGCGUGGCCCUGCACGCCCUGACCCGGCCGCCUGCCCUGCUGCUCCUGGCGGCGGCCAGCAGUGGCCUGCGCUUCGUCCUGGCCUCCUUUGCCCUGGCGCUGCUCCUGCCUGUGUUCCUGGCCGUGGCGGCCAUGAAGCUUGGCCUGCGGGCCCGGUGGGGCUCACUGCCCCCACCGGGUGGCCUGGGGGGGCCCUGGGUGGCCGUACGGGGCUCCGGGGACGUGUGUGGGGUCCUGGCCCUGGCCCCGGGCACUAGCGCCGGGGCUGGCGCCCGUGUCACCCGCCUGUCCGUCUCGCGCUGGCACCGCCGCCGGGGCGUGGGCAGGCGGCUUCUGGCUUUCGCUGAAGCCCGGGCUCGGGCCUGGGCGGGGGGCGCGGGGGCGCCAAGGGCCCGGCUGGUGGUCCCAGUGGCCGUGGCCGCCUGGGGCGCGGCGGGGCUGCUGGAGGGCUGCGGCUACCGGGCCGAGGGGGGCUGGGGCUGCCUGGGCUACGCCCUGGUGAGGGAGUUCAGCAAGGACCUGUGACCAUGGCUGAGACUACUGCAGCCUGUGGUGCCCACCUGGACCUGCAGCACCCGGUGGGCAGCCCGGCGCAGACCCAGAAGCCCGCGAGAAGCCCCAGGUGACCGCAGAGAUGGGCCCCGUGCUGCGGGGAGAGGUGGGCGGCGCAGCCCCGGGUGGGGGCUGGCGACCUGCAGCGGC